UAAACUUCAAAUGUCAGAGAAGUUGAACGAAAUUACGGGGCGACCACUGCUAACUGCAAAGCACUUGUAUGUUAGGAUUUAAGAUUCCUAAAAAGCAGAGUUCGGAUAUUUGGUACUUUUGAAAGCAAAGAAGAGAGAGAAAGUGUUAGGGAUCACAACACGCUUCUCUCAUGUCUCAACCCAACCACACGGUCUAGCAACUUGGGACUCAACCCAUUCCCACAACUCAAUUUUAAAUCUUAGGUUGAGAUUUUGAAGUUUUUGCAGAAUAAGGGUUUCCAGGAAACCAAACGUGUAAAUGCGAAUCUAAACAAUGACAAAGAGAGAUGUAAGAAUAUGAUCAGGCAGCAUGAAGAUAACCUUAAGUUCCUUAAUUCACAAUCUAAUCGCUUACACGAAUCAAUACUUGACUUGCAAGUAAGUCUUGGAAGGUACCAUUCAAGUAGUAUAAUUACAUCGGAGAAUGGAAAUGGUGCCUUUCAUACUGAAGAGGAAACAGUGGAACAGAUACUGAAGAAAGAGAACUCUGCUGCCAGCCUAUAUAGUUGGCUAAAAGCUAAUGCUCAGACAUCAAAUUUGGCAUUAACAAAGGAUGUUGUGGGAGUUGUCGCAACCCUUGCAAAAGUUGAGAGUGAUGAUCUUAGCAGAAUCCUUUCUGAGUUUUUGGGCUUGGAGACAAUGCUUGCAAUUGUCUGCAGUACUUAUGAGGGCGUUAAUGCACUGGAGAAGUAUGAUCCAGAUGGCUUGAUAAAUUUUAACAGUGGAUUGCAUGGUAUUGGAUCUUCAAUUGGAAAGAGAAUAAAUGGCCGAUUUGUUGUCAUAUGUCUUGAAGAUUUAAGACCCUUUGUUGGAGGUUUUGUAGCCGAUGAUCCACAAAAGAAGUUGGCUCUUCCAAAGCCAAGAUUACCUAAUGGGGGGCACCCACCUGGGUUUCUUGAUUACGCAGUGAACAUGAUUCAUUUGGAUUCAAAAUAUUUAUCUUUUUUUACUGCCAGUGGGCUCGGUCUUAGAGAGACUCUGUUUUAUGGCCUUUUUUCUCAGCUACAAAUAUAUAAAACCCGGGAUGAAAUGCUGCUUGCUCUCCCAUGCAUCCGUGAUGGAGCUUUGUCAUUGGACGGUGGGAUGAUUAGGAAAUGUGGUAUGUUUGCUCUUGGUAGUGGGAAAGAAGUAGAAGUGAAGUUUCCUCUACUCUCUGGAGAAUCUAAUGUACCACCGAAUUAUAUUGAAGCCGAAGAUGUGGUGAGGAAGCUGAAAUGGGAAAACACUAAACUUGACGCUGAUAUACAUAGAGAGCAGCAAUUAUUAGAUUACAGAAAAGGAAACUUAACUAGGCACGCCUGAAAAGUUACUAAAAGUUACUUAUGGAAAGUUACUUUGCAAGACAUGGUAGCUAGCAACUAACCACAUCCAAUUGUGUGCAUUAUUAGCUGUUAAUUUAAAGACAUGACUAAUGAGGAGUAUGUCCAAAAGAAAGUAGAUAGUUAUGCAUAGACAUAACAUAAUGAAUUUUUUUGAUGUAACCUAAAAUUUAUGUUACUCAAAAAGAACAUGUCUUGUCACAUGAUCAUAUCCAAAUUCUUAUAAUCUCACUUUUGUCUUCUAAUUCCAUCUCUUUAUCUAAUAAAAACACGAGGAACUUUCAUUUUCAAUUGUUCAUGUGCAGGACCAAUAAUUAAAAAAAAAAAAAAAAAU